UUGGUAAUUACAUUACUUGUAGCUGCCCGCCUGGCAGGGUGUUUGAGCACUUUCGUUAUCUCUCGGACUUUAGCACCAAAUUCCAGUAGGAUCUAAUGCAUUUGUGGGCAGCAGCCACCUUCCCAGGGAAUGAGCAAUGCUUCCUGUAUCCAGGAAAUAUCAUCUUUACUAUGACCGACUGACACAAGAUGCGCCUUUUUUAACACAAAACGGAAGACUAAGUGAACGGCUCGUUGACAAGAUAAUUUUGCAGCUAAACCGAGUGUAUCCUCAGGUUCUGUCUAACAAAGAAGCAGAAAAGUUUAGGAAUCCAAAACUUCCUCUCCGUACAAGGUUGUCUGAUUUACUGAAGCACCUGCAGCAAAAAGGAGACAGCGAGUGCCAGCAAUUCUACAGAGCGUUGCAGAACAAUGCAGACAAGCUUUACACCGCUUUACCAAGCAGGAAAAACAUGAAAACCUCAAAUCCUUCAGACGAAAGCACUGAGUUAGAGAAAAUAAUAUUAAAUGACCGAGGGCCGGUUUUUUUUCUGACCUGCUUUAGCGUUGCUGCUGGGCUGGCAUAUUUAAUGUAUUACAGUAAUCCAGAGGAAAAAUCUAUUGGAGCAGCAAAAAAAGUUUUGGGAUUUACAGCUAUUGGUUUCUCAAGACACAUCAAAAGAUUUUUAAUAUCAUACCUAGAGGAUUCAUCAACAAAGUAUUGAAACGUAUCUACAAAUAAUGACCUUCAGUGCUCUACACUGCAAAGUAUUUAAUAUGCACUAAAUAUUCUGAUUUCAGGGGUUACUGAGGUGCAGGAGACUGAAAGGUCAUGCCAGUCAUUUAACCACUUCAACUGCUGAAUGGGCUGCUAUUUGCUGAUUUUUUUUAACUAUUUGGUUGCCAGAGAGGAUUGUAUUCAGUAGCCAAAGACAUUAAACAAGUGGUAACACAAAUAUAUCCAUUUUGACAAAGUAAAUGUCUUCUACAUUAUAGAUGUUUUUAAAUAAAUACUCAAUUUGAGGAAAUGUUGUUACAACAUUUAUUAUCAUUUAACCUAUUUCCACAAACCACUCCUUGUUAUUUGUUGACCCUUGGCCAAUCAGAGGCUGGACAAAGGCAUAUGUCCCAUGCAUGUAUAGUAGCAUAGUAAUAACGACAAUUUUUUUUAUUUGAAACGAUUUCCAAAAGUGCCUCCAAGGGAAUAUAAUUGCCUUAUCAAAAACACAUCCAGUCCUUUUUUAAAGGCAUUUACUGAAUAUGCUAAAACAACCUCAUUAGGCAGAUAACUCCAUACCCCUCUAGUUCUUAGAGCAAAGAACCCCUUAUGCUGCUGUAGGGGAAAUAUCCAUUCUUCAAGUCUCAUUGGAAGACCUCUUUCCUUUUGUACAGUUCUAUUAAUGAUCAGGUCAGCUAAGAAUUCCUUAUAUGAGAACUGUAUAUAUUUGAAUAAUGUAAUCAUAUCACCUUGGAAACGCCUACAUCUGGACUCUGAUUGGCAGAUGGGCAACAAGAAAAAUAAGGUAGCACUUAUCACAAUAUGUACAGAUAGCUCAGCAUGCUAAGGCACUGUGGCUGAGCUCUGUAGCAACCCAAGGGUUGCAAGUUUGAUCCCUGGCGAGGUCCACUCAGCCUUUUAUCCUUCCAAGGUCGAUAAAACGAGCAGCGCCUGGAGACCCUUAUGGGUGAUUAGCUGCGCUUUACAAGUACCCAAUACAUACAUCUUCAACUGGAAAAUGUAAAAGAUUUGUAAUUAAUAUUGUACUUUGUCACCAAAUUCGUAUUAUAACUUAUGUCCCUUUAAAAAGUGGCAUUUAAUAAAGAAAAAAAUGGCCGUCCAUCCUUACAAAGCAUUUAUCAAGGACCAAAGAACACAGCAGAUGCACUUAUUAAGCAAAUUCAUUUGACUUUAAUGUUGACUUUGAAAAACAGUACAUUUAAUAAGAUAAUUAUUCUAACUUUGGAAAAUGAGUCAAGCAUUAACAUUUGUUUGUUCUGCUUCGUUUUUAAUUACUUGAUAAUGCUUUAAAUGCACAUUAAUCAUAAUAUUAACAGUUUAUUAAGCUUACUGAAGUGGUUAUAAUAUUGUUUUAUCCUAUUAUUUUUGUUACUGUAGUUUAUUGACUGGUUUGAUGUUCAUAGACCUGAAAAGGUGUCAUGUUUUAUAUAUUGCCUAUUAUAUACUGUAUUUUUGUUAAUGUUUAUGUUGCAAACUUAAGAUAUAACAUCACCUCUUUACUGUUUUUGGAUAAAGGUGUUUGUUUUUACCAAAGAAAGAUUAUGUUAAAAAUAUUUUAAAAUAUAAAAAUAAAACUAGUUAAUUAAU